AUGCCGAAACACCACAACGCAUAUCUCGGACUUCCUGAGACGGAACUAUGUACCGAAGAAUUCGCGAGGAACGAAGAUAAGAAGGAUGAACUGAGCAAGUUAAGAAGUGAAUUUGUGAUUCCAAGUAAAGGCGACUUGAAGAACAAGAAAUUUGGAUUUCAGCAGGCCACAACUACGCGCGAUGACGAUAGCGAAGAGUCCAUCUACUUCUGCGGCAACUCCCUAGGACUUCAGCCUCGGAAAACAAAGGAAUAUGUCAACCGUUACCUGGAUACCUGGGCAUCCAAGGGUGUGUUUGGGCAUUUUACAGAUUACGAGGGAGGGUUACCACCAUGGUUACACAUCGAUGAUGCGAUCAAAGGCCAGACAGCGAAAAUAGUCGGCGCACUACCUACAGAAGUCGUCAUAAUGGAGACGUUGACUGCAAACCUGCAUUUGUUGAUGGCGAGUUUCUAUCGACCGACCAAGGAUCGGUACAAGAUUAUUAUUGAGGGGAAGGCAUUUCCUAGUGAUCAUUACGCCGCUCUCUCCCAGAUCGCUCACCACAACCUCGACCCAUCUGCGCUCAUAACCAUCGAUCCGCCCUCUGCAUCCUCGCCUUACCUUUCCAAUGAACACGUACUCUCAGUCAUAUCGCAACACGCGCCGACGACCGCACUAGUCUUGUUACCUGGUAUUCAGUUCUACUCAGGCCAGUUCUUCGAUAUAGAGCUCAUAACGCGCCACUGCCGAUCGCUGGGUAUAACUAUAGGGUGGGACCUUGCCCAUGCAGCUGGAAACGUACCACUAGAGUUGCAUGACUGGAAUGUUGACUUUGCAGCAUGGUGCAACUACAAAUACAUGAAUGGUGGCCCAGGCGUGAUCGGAGGACUGUUUGUACACGAGAGACAUGGAAAAGUGGAGCAAGUGCGUGCAGCUCGACAAGAUGGCACCAACGGCGCAGCCAGUAAUGAGACAGAUCUUGCCUACCGACCGCGACUGAGCGGCUGGUGGGGAAGUGAUAAGAACAGUCGGUUUCGCAUGGAAAACAAAUUCGUGCCAAUCGCUGGAGCGAGCGGAUUUCAGCUUAGCAACCCUAGUGCAUUAGACAUGACUUCUGUCAUGGCCAGCUUAGAUGUCUUUGCUUUGACGGACAUGGACGCGCUACGACAGCGGAGUCUCAGGUUGACUGCAUACCUCGAAGCGCGGCUACUAAAGUACGAUGGUGGAGAGCCACCGUAUAAGAUCAUAACACCUGCGAAUCCGGCCGAGCGUGGUGCACAGCUUAGUGUGCUUCUGAAACCCGGAUUGCUGGACCAAGUCCAACACUACAUUGAAGAACGUGGCGUCGUAGUCGAUGAACGCAAGCCUGACGUUUUGCGCGUUGCGCCUGCGCCACUGUACAAUUCUUUUCACGACAUCCAUCGCUUUAUCACCGUCUUCCACGAAGCUUGUCGCAAGGCCGUGAAGGGCGCUGGGCAAAGGGGCGCGCACAACGACAAAGUUCCUGAGGGAAUUGCGACUGUAUGA